UCGACGUCACCGCGGAAGUCGCGCUCCCAUUGGCCGAGGCGACGCCCUUGUGUAAUCGGGCGGGCCGGCAACACAAAUCGUUACAAACAUUUUUUUUUGUCUAUUUUAUUUUAAAACAACAAGGACCAUGUCGGCGUCGGGCGUGUACAUUUUGGACCUCAAGGGAAAGACCCUGAUCAGCAGGAACUACAGGGGCGACGUCCCCACCAGUGCCGUCGAUGCCUUCUUCUCUCUGCUCACCGAGCGCGAGGAGGAGGGCACCCUCAACCCCGUGCUGUCCCACGGUGGCGUACGCUUCAUGUGGAUCAAACACAACAACAUCUACAUUGUGGCGACGACCAACAAGAAUGCUAACGUCGCCCUCGUCUUUGCUUUCCUGUACAAGACUGUUCAGGUAUUCAAUGAAUACUUCAAGGAGCUUGAAGAGGAGAGCAUAAGGGACAACUUUGUGAUCGUCUACGAGCUUCUGGACGAGAUCAUGGACUUUGGAUACCCCCAGACGACAGAGAGUCGCGUCCUGCAAGAAUACAUCACCCAGGAGGGGCACAAGCUGGAGGUGGGGGCACCUCGCCCCCCAGCAACCGUAACCAACGCGGUGUCGUGGCGCUCCGAAGGUAUCAAGUACCGCAAGAACGAGGUUUUCCUCGACGUCAUCGAGUCCGUCAACCUCCUGGUGAGUGCGACAGGCUCGGUUCUGCGGAGUGAGAUUGUAGGGACGGUGAAGAUGAGGGUUUUCCUGUCGGGAAUGCCCGAGUUGAGACUCGGACUGAACGACAAGGUCUUGUUUGAGCAGACGGGACGAGACAAGAGUAAGGGAGUGGAGCUGGAGGAUGUGAAGUUCCAUCAGUGCGUGCGCCUCUCUCGCUUCGACAACGAUCGAACCAUCUCAUUCAUCCCCCCAGAUGGGGAGUUUGAGCUCAUGAGCUACCGUCUUUACACACAUGUGAAGCCCCUCGUUUGGAUCGAGUCGGCCAUUGAGAGGCAUUCGGGCAGAAUUGAAUACAUCGUCAAGGCCAAGAGCCAGUUCAAGCGCAAGUCGACGGCAAGCGGUGUGGAGAUUCGAGUCCCAGUCCCCGCCGACGCAGAUUCCCCCAAGUUCCGCGUCUCCACGGGGACGACGGCCUGGAUCCCCGAGGAGGGAGUUCUCGUGUGGACAAUCAAAUCCAUGCCGGGUGGUAAGGAGUACUUGCUAAGAGCUCACUUUGGGCUGCCGAGUGUCGGUGCAGAGGAAUCUGACGGCCGGGCCCCGAUCACCGUCAAGUUUGAGAUUCCGUACUUCACCACAUCUGGCAUCCAGGUUCGUUAUCUGAAGAUCAUGGAGAAGAGUGGAUAUCAGGCACUACCGUGGGUUCGGUAUAUCACACAGAGUGGAGAUUACCAGCUCCGCAUGCAGUGAUGCGAAAACAAAGGCGAGAUUCAUAAUGGCUGAUGGGUGGUUGAACACACAACCCCAGCAUUUGUUCUAUUAAUGCGGACAAGUGCAUCCAUCUACUCUAAUAAGGUCAUCAUCAACAUCUAUGACCUGUCCACUGCUGCGUGAAGGCAUCCCCAAGUCGUCGCCAUCCAUCAAUGUCUUGCGACGAAGCGAUACAUUGAGCUCCUGCACACCAACCGAUCUCAUCGUUGGGUCUCUUCGGUGGUCUUCGUCUUGGACAUGUGCCUCCUUUUGCUGACAUGGUUUGUCUUCUAAUGAUGUGUCCUGCCCAAAACCCACUUUUCUUAAGGCAAUGUAAUUUGUGUUUGUUUUCUUUGCACACUUUUGAGCUUUUGCACCGAUUGAAAAUGUUAUUUAGGUGCAUUGGUUUGUUACUUCUCAUUGUAAAAUUCACUCCGACCUGCUCUCGCUCACCUCUUUACUUCUUAAUUUCCAUCCCAGACCGCCUUUAAUAACUGACCUGGGUACACAUACUCUGAUGUCCUUUUCAGUUAUUUUCCUUGAGUAAAUAUGUUCAUUUGUUUAGUGGACACGAUAUAAUUAUGGACAUGAACAGUUACAUCAAACUAUACAAUUACAUAAAGUCCAGAUCUUAAUAUAAUUAAACAAGCCAACAUUUACAUAAAUAUACAUUGUACAUGUUUUUACAAAACUAUAUCAAUUGCCAUUAUUAUGACGCCAUGUCAUCAACUGACAAUUUAUAAUAUAAAUUACCCAUACCUUCAUUACACAUGCCUUUAUCCAUGCCUUUAUCCAUGCCUUUAUCGCCUCUCGCCUUGUCUGCAACUCUUCUCUAUAUCCUCCCCAAAUGCCUCUCCAAAUGCCAGAUGAGCCAGAGUGCCGCACUCGUAAACAAAAACCACAUCACUCACAUCCUCGGAUCCCCUCUACUGGUUCCCAAUACAGUCCCACGUCAGCUACAUGCAGUCACUCGACAUCUGAAAGAUCGUCUUUGCCUCUGCCUAGUGCUUCUUAUUUCACUCGACUCCCCUCCACCAACCUCGCAAGGGCUUCUGUCAAAGCCCUCAGCCUAGCUCGAUGGGAGAUCGCUCAUUCUUUGCUCUUGUUCUCGUCACCUAGAAUUCCCAAAUCCAGCCUUAAGAGAUCCCCCUUCUACUCUGCUUAUGACUGACCCCUCUUUUUUACGACGGGUCUUCAAUCGCACCUUACCGUAAUUAUAUAAACCUCCCUUUUGUGGUCCCCAUAAUGCAUGGCCAAACUAUUUUGUUACAGCAUCUGGAGAUGCAGUUGGAUUGUGACACUACAAGGGUUAUUCGUGGUAAACCUCCACUUUUAGUUGUAGUCAAUUUGAAGGUGAAGUGAAUGAAACCCUGUUUAUCAAGGUGUUUCUCUGCCACGCGUACACAUGUCCAAUUUAUGCUGUAAUGCCUGAAUGGGAGAAACAUUGAAUGCUUUAGAACACUGCUAUUUUAGGAAUUCUGCUUUUGCACCCUCAUCCCUCUUUACCGACUUGAGUACAUCUUGAAACCCCUAGCACCGCUCAACACCACACUUCUGUAUGCGAGACACCUAUCGGCGACUUUUACAGCUCACCUGUAAAACUUCAUCAGAUACUUCUACGCAAUGCUGCUGGUCCCACGUGACGCACAGUUCACCGCCAUCUUAGAAAUUCACAGGCAGCUUUGCACAGCGGGGACAACUCUUCAAACAGGAAUUGCCAGAAGUUGCCACGAGCACUGCACAAACUUUCAACAGCCAUCUGUCAUUCUUGUGUUUUGUAAUUAACACACAGUUGUGAAGACAUUUACAUGUCGUUACAUUUAAAUGAACAUACCAUAUUACAUUGCAAUCAAUAUCACCAAUUCACAUCAAUAUCAAUGAACAGUAUUUCCAUUUAAUGUAAAACAUUUUCAAUGUCAGUUUUCAAGUGACGGUUAACCUAUUGACACGAUUAUCCUUCAGUUAACAUCGUUAUCAGUUAACAUCUUACAUUUUUUUCAGGCAUUAAUGAUAUGGGCUGCCACCUGGUUUGAAUAAGGGUGUCAAUCGCAAGGGGCAAUGAAGGUCUAUGAGUUACUACCUUUUUAAUCGACGGUAAUACAAUUUGAAUACUGUAAAAAUAUUUUGAAAGAUGACAAUUUAGAAGUGGAAUUGUUUUUGCUAAAAUUUUAUUGUGAUAAAAGGAACAACAGAAAAAUGUAUGUUACCGUUUUGUUUGCUUUCCUUGAGUAUCGGUUUGGUAGCGUUUACACGAUAUGUCUUGAUGUAAAAAGUUUUUCUUUACAUUACAGCUCCUCUCUAAAUUCAUUUAAAAUAACGACGAUAAAUACGGAUUGCUUAACAUGCAACCUAAUGUGCCAUUGUGCGCGAGUUGUACAAUUAACGUCUAAAACGUAAUCUCGCCGCAAGCUGUUUCUCGCAUGUUUUUCAAUUUACAAGGCCCGUGGCUGGACACAAGCAGAGUGGCACUGUAGCAAAUAAUAUCAAUCAAGAAUUGCAAAGUGUUUCAAGGUUAUCACAUUUCAGGGCGAUAACUCCUAUUGUGUCUGUUUUGUUUGUGUUUGCUGAAUGUUGGAGAAACUGAAAAAUGCAGAGACUAUGGAGAGAGAGAAAGAUAAUCCGAAAGAAAAUCAGAAAAUUUUAAGAAAUGUGGGGGGGAAAAAAUAUCAAAGUUUAGCAAUCUUGAGAUUUUCUUUUGUAUGUAGAAAAAUUCUAAAACAAUCCAGAGCAUACCACCAGGUUAGGUGCCUGGUUCCUUCCACAUGUUUCCAUAUGUUAAGCAUUGCUUGCGGGGAAAGUAAUGUUUAGUGACAACGUGAUUGAGUGGUGUGGGGGAGUGAGAUGAAGCUUUUUCUUGGAUUUCCUAGAUCCUUGUGACAUUGAUGGACCAGUGCCUGCAACUAUAUCAGUUCACCAGCCACUCUUCGUCUUGUCAGGCCACGGACUUUCCCAUCACCCCUCACGGUUUGCGGUGGUGGUUUUUUUUGCGGGUUCUAGAUAUACGUUAUUAAACAUUUGAUAUUUAGCUAAAGCGAUAUGUUUACUAGACUUAUGUCAUGCAGGUUAAUGCUGUCAUGGAAUAUUCCUUUAAAAACGUGUUAUUGAGAAUGUUUUAAAAUUGUACAAAUCCCUAUUUUUCCCCCAAAAAAUUACUGGAUCCCAGGUGUCCCUUCGAAAGAUUAUUAAACUCAAUGGCUCUCACCUGGUUAAAUAAAAUACUUUGAAUUGAAA